AAAAAACCCCAAACCUCCCCAAAAAUCCCCAAACCCCCCCCUGCAGACCCCCACCACCGGGACCUUUACCUGAACAGCAGCGACUUCCUGGCGCUGCUCAACGACGAGAGGCUGCACCCCAACGCCUCAGAGUGGAAGCGGAACCUGCUGCGGAUCCAGCGCCUGGUGCUGAUCGGGGGCCCCGACGACGGCGUCAUCACCCCCUGGCAGUCCAGCCUCUUUGGGUUCUACGACGCCAACGAGACCGUGCGGGACAUGGAGGCGCAGCCGGUGUUCCUGCAGGACACGUUCGGGCUGAAGUCGCUCUGGGCCCGGGGGGCUCUCGGGGGCUGCUCCGUGCCCGGGGUCCCGCACACGGCCUGGCACAGCCACAGGGGGGUCUACGAGCGCUGCAUCCGCCCCUGGCUCACCUGAGGGGCAUCUGUAGGGUUUUAUUGGGAUUUAUUGGGAUUUAUUGGGGUUUGAUAGGGAUUUAUUGGGAUUUAUUGGGGUUUUAUUGGGAUUCAUUGGGGUUUCUGUGGGGCUGGCACAGCCACAGGGGGGUCUACGAGCGCUGCAUCCCCCCCUGGCUCACCUGAGCACCUGCUAUGGGGGAUCUAUAGGGUUUUAUUGGGGUUUGAUUGGGUUUUAUUGGUAUUUAUUGGGGUUUUAUUGCAGUUUAUUGGGGUUUUAUUGGGAUUCAUUGGGGUUUCUGUGGGGCUGGCCCAGCCACAGGGGGGUCUACGAGCGCUGCAUCCGCCCCUGGCUCACCUGAGGGGUCUGUAGGGGAUUUAUUGGAGUUUUAUUGGGGUUUAUCAGGUUUUUAUUGGGAUUUAUUGGUAUUUAUUGGUAUUUAUUGGGGUUUAUAGGGUUCUCUAAGGGACUUAUAGGGGAUCUAUAGGAUUUUAUUGGGAUUUAUAGGGGUUUUAUUGGGGUUUAUUGGGGUUUAUAGGGUUCUCUAGGGGAUCUAUAGGGGAUUGAUGGGGUUUUGUUGGGACUUGUUGGGGAUUUAUGGGGCUGGGGGCGUUCUGUAGGGGAUCCACUGGGAUCUAUGGGGGAUCUGUGGGGUUUAUAGAUUUCUGUGGGGUCUUUAGGGGGUGUGUAGGGGAUCUGUAGGGGAUUUUGAGUCCUGUAGGGGAUUUUGGGUCCCUAUAAGGGAUCUGGGGUCUCUGUAGGGGAUUUGGGGAUCUAUAGGGUCCCUAUAAGCUCUAUAGGGGGGUUGGGGGUUCUGUAGGGUCUCCAUAGGGUCCCUAUAGGGGAUUUGGGGUCUGUAGGGGGUCUGGGGUCUCUGUACAGAAUUUGGGGUCCCUAUAAGGGAUCUGGGGUCCCUAUAGAGCAUUUGGGGUCUCCAUAGGGUCCCCAUAGGGGGUCUGGGGUCUCUUUAGGGGAUUUGGGGUCCCUGUAGGGGAUUUGGGGUCCCUGUAGGGGGUCUGGGGUCCCUGUAGGGGAUUUGGGGUUCUGU